AUGAUUGCGCUGCACGGGUUCCGUGCCGCAGUCAUUGCUGCAGGUGUGAUCCUUUGUCUGUCACUCACACUUUCGGCCAUGGGUGGAAGCAAUUCCAGCCUAGACCGCGCGGGCACGCGCAAGUGCUCGACGCACUUGGGGGAGGUUGAGGUUCAGAUACUUGGCCCCGAGGAGUCUGAAAAGCCGCUUAUCCUGGCCCUGCACGGCAUGUCCUCCGCCGACUUUAUCCUCCGCGAAUGGGACGCCAUAGCUUCCCAGCUGGCGGGUCAGGGCUACCGGGUGGCGCUGCCCAAUUUGCACUCGAACCCGAAAACGGCGCCGAAGAUGUUGGGCGGAGUGACAGAGACAGAUGCGGCUCAGCUGCUGCAGAUGCUGGUCUCCGAGUUGAGUCCACUGAGACCCAUCGUGCUGAUGGGUAAAAGCUGGGGCGGCGCUACUGCAGCCAAAUUCGCACACCGCCAUCCUGACUUAGUGGAGAAGUUGGUGCUGGUUUGUCCUGCUUCCACCCCUCCGCUGGAUUUGCGCCUGCCCUUGCUGCUUCUCUGGGCCGAAGACGACUGGGUGACCUGGUUCAGACAGGGCGUCCGCGCCUACGAGGAGUGUCCCCAGUUGACUCUCCAAAGCUCCAAGAAGGGCGGCCACCGCAUUUUGCCGGAAUACUGGCAGCCGCUGCAAAGCUUUCUAGCCCCGCAGUGA